AUGAGAUGUUUCUGUCAUGGGGCUGAUUUGAACCUUCGUCAUCGAUUCAAGAGAUGCCGCAAGGGAUAUGGUGUCCAACACCCCUCGGUCUUGUUUUCCUGGUAUCACAGAUUUGAGGACUUCAUUAUCGUCACAAUUUUGUCGAUUGUUCCACUUCCUAACGACAGCUGGUCUAGAGAACGCUUCGAGAUAGCAAUGGAAUUUCUGACGCAUAUUCAGAAAGAGUUUGAGCUAGAGUUGAAGUCCUUGUCAAAGACGGAGUUCGAUUGCGUCAGUUUUGACCGGGAGUUUGGCGAUUGCGGCUGCGACAUUACAUAUGCAUUCUAUGUGCGUAAGAUGCAAAUUACUAUAAUCAGGUCGUAUGCGGCGCAGGCGCUAAUUGGGCCCUUGAUCGGCCGGCCCAUGGGUCUUCAUACGCAAUUGAUCAUUGCACUGCCACCAUUUUCGGCCAGGCCACAGGGAGCCUGCAGUCUGCCUUUGAGGCGAAGUGCGGCAGACAAGAUGAACGAUGCGCGUCUUUGGAAUCAGACAAUAGCUCACAAUUCCACGGCCCAAGACGCAGUCUUCCUAUCUGAAAGGCGAAAAAAGAGGAUGACGAAAUGGCCGAUUCCCACGACCAUAUCCAUGGUCCAGACAACACCCGCAGAUACUAUUUCGCCCCAUUCAAGAACGAAUGAGGAUGUUUCGACUGAUUCUUCGCAAGACGGCGAGAAAGAUGAAGGUAUUCGAUCUACUUCGCAACCUCUGCAACUUGAUGGUCUACUUCCGCCAACAGCGCAACCCACGCCACCUACAUCGGCUUCAGUCGUCUAUAACAGCUUGUUUGCAGAUUCGAAUAAUUCCAAGGCGCCCCGACAGGAUGCCUCACCAAUCGAAUUCAACAAUUACGCGGUCACAUUACCAGUGAGCUCUUCUAAGUUAUGGCGAUUCCCAGACACAACUUACCGGGUGGCUCGAGAGGACCAAAUCCCUGUUCCAUCCGAGGUUCUAUCCUUAUGGCCUGAGACAAAGACCGGCUUGCAGAAUGAUCUCAGAUGCGUCGUCACGCAAAUGGAUCGAGAGCAGGCCAAGGAAAGGAAUCGGGUUAAACGGACAGACAUUUCAAGGAAAACAAUAUUUCCUCAGCUCUGGAUGUCAGGAAAGCCAAAUAAGACAGACUUGGUUACGAUCUCCCCAUGUAUCUGGAUACUUUGCGGUAGUAAUUCCUGCUGCAAGAAGGUUCGCCGUCGAAUGAAAGACCUAGAGCUACCUGAGCUUUUCACGCGACAACCAAUUCAAAUCCGCGAGAGAGCUCCUGAGCUUUUCGCCGCCAAAGCCAUUGUACCUCUUCCUCAAUUGCGAUAUGAUGUAGAAAGGAACGCGGGGAUCUCUCACCAUGGUGGAACAAUCCUAUACCAUAUGGAAGCACCUACAGACGCGCACGGGGACCAGCCGGCGUGCGGCUUGCUUUGCUGCGUCACGUUCAUUAAAAACGGAAAGAUAGUAGACCAGCGUAUCUCCAGAAUAGGAGGGCUACUUACCGACGGCACCGAACACGCAAGGCGCCCAAUUGCAAUAACCACUUCUCAUGGACUGUUGAAUUCCCUAUGGGCAGACAAUGAUGAUAACGGCGACUCCGAUUCCCAAGACAGAACGCGCUGCCUGGAGCUCCAAGGGAGCAUUGAAGAUAACGAAUUGCUAUGGGCGAUUGAGACAGACAGCUGUUCUGAGUCCGAAAGCGAGUCCGGUAGCGAGUUGUUCUUGAACUCAGAUGCGGAUGCAAAAAACGAUCCAACUUCGCCUUCCAAGGGCAAGGCUUCUAUUACUCAAGACGCGGAAGAGUUGCUUGGAGGCAAGAACCAUACGACUGUCCCCAAGUGGCACUGUUUCGAAGAAGUUAUUGGAAUCAGACUUUGCGGGGAACUUAUUCAGGCACAAAAUGACAGAUCCUCACUUCCUCUCCCAGCCGACUAUGCGCUAUUGAGGUCGGAUGUUCUAUUGACUCUAAAAAAUCUGUCAUCAUCGACCUCAAACAUUGAGAUUUCAACCUUGAUGACAAACGACAUGCUGCAGAGUGGCCCAUUGUCUCUCAUGCUAGGCUCGGGUGAGCCGAUCAACGUUAUUCUGUUGCCAGAAAUAACGACAAUGCCUUUCGCAGAGAAAGAAUUGGUGGUUCGAAAGCUUCAACUACCAAUACCCUUAGCUCCUGGGACAUCGGGUAUAUGGUUAGCAAAAGGUUCAUCAUUUUGUGGGAUGAUAGUCGCAGCCUUUCCAGGUCAGCCACUGGCCCUCAUGGCCACUGCCGAGGACAUCAUCAAUGAUAUUGGCCGUUCUUUCCCACUUCAAAAGAAUACUGUCGAGUCGAACGAGUUGGGCUUGGGUAGCUCAGUCACUCAAGCAGUCGCCAAAGAGAUGCGAGGAACUUACUCCGUCUACUCAAGAUCUGGCGGAAUGUCGGACGAAACAUCUGGAUCUCGAGAGACGUUGCCCGAGGACGGAAAAUCCCUUCUAGAAGACCGGGUACACGUUGAUGGCUGUGAAGUCUAUGCAUCGUUUGUUGGGAGGAAAAAUACGAAAUUUUCAGAAAAAGCAGACCACCACCAUAUGGGACUGUGUAAGUCAAAUGGGCUUCACAUCAAAAAUGGAGCUUUUAGUGUGUUUCCACCAACGCUGCAGCCAUUGCCCAACAUCGAACGUCAACACCCCGGAAUAAUUCUCGAUAGAGCUGAGUUCCACUUUACGGGGCAUCAGUGUUUGCAAGCCUCUUCAAUCGAAUUUUUGGCGUCAUCUCAGACCAAGACCAUAUCCAUUUUCAUUUUGUUUUCACAGUCAACACUAUUUGCUCCGCAAUCUUGA